CCAAACUACAGAUCCUCCAGUCAAGCCUGGAGCUUUCAAGCUUUCCCCGUUUCUUCAAGCAAUUAACUUCUCGCAUUUGUCAAUUUUUCUUAAUAUUUCUUUUCUUUUUUUUCUUGUUAAUGAAAGAUUGACACAUUGCAAGAAAGUAAGGUGAGGGUUUUGGGGGAAGAAAAUGAAGUAUCCGAGGUGGGUUCUUACUGUGUUUCUCUAUCUUGCGAUUGCUUCGGGGAUUGAAGCUUUUAAAUUUCAUAGGACGGAACGAACUGAGAGAAUAUCGGGUAGUGCUGGUGAUGUCCUUGAAGAUGACCCUGUGGGGAGGCUAAAAGUGUUUGUUUAUGAGCUCCCGAGCAAGUAUAACAAGAAGAUAUUGCAAAAAGACCCAAGAUGCCUGAACCACAUGUUUGCUGCCGAGAUUUACAUGCACCGUUUUCUGCUAUCAAAUCCUGUCCGCACGCUUAACCCAGAAGAGGCAGAUUGGUUCUACACGCCCGUUUACACAACAUGUGACCUCACUCCAAAUGGCCUCCCAUUGCCUUUCAAGUCACCACGAAUGAUGAGGAGUGCUAUACAGCUCAUUUCUUCAAACUGGCCGUAUUGGAACAGAACAGAGGGUGCUGAUCACUUCUUCAUCGUGCCUCACGAUUUUGGGGCGUGCUUUCACUAUCUUGAAGAGAAAGCCAUUGACAGAGGUAUACUGCCUCUGCUUCAACGUGCCACCUUAGUUCAAACUUUCGGGCAGAGAAAUCACGUCUGCUUAAAGGAUGGUUCUGUCAUAAUUCCCCCUUACGCCCCUCCUCAGAAGAUGCAAGCCCAUCUCAUUCCUCCCACCACCCCUCGAUCCAUAUUUGUUUACUUCCGAGGUUUGUUUUACGAUGUUGGUAACGAUCCUGAAGGUGGUUACUACGCAAGAGGGGCUCGAGCGUCAGUGUGGGAGAACUUCAAGAACAACCCUUUAUUCGACAUCUCGACCGAGCACCCGACCACAUAUUACGAGGACAUGCAGCGUGCCGUUUUCUGCCUUUGCCCUCUCGGGUGGGCCCCGUGGAGCCCGAGGCUAGUUGAAGCCGUUGUCUUUGGGUGCAUCCCUGUCAUCAUUGCUGAUGACAUCGUGCUCCCGUUUGCUGACGCCAUUCCAUGGGAAGAGAUUGGUGUUUUCGUGGACGAGAAAGAUGUCCCCAAGCUCGACACUAUCCUAACCUCUAUUCCGAUUGAGGAAAUUUUACGAAAACAGAGACUCUUGGCUAAUCCUUCCAUGAAACAGGCGAUGCUCUUCCCGCAGCCCGCACAGUCGAGGGAUGCCUUUCACCAGAUCUUGAAUGGGCUGGCCCGGAAGCUUCCGCAUGGCCCGGAUGUUUACUUGAGGCCCGGAGAGAAGGUUUUGAACUGGACUGCGGGCCCUGUAGGGGAUCUUAAGCCUUGGUGAGUGAGUGAGUGAGAAAUUGUUGAGUACAUUUGUAUUUUAUUUUUAUUUUUUUGUUCUAAUGAAAAUGCAAGUUGGGAAGACUGUAAAGGUGUAGUAAUUUUGGAGAGACUUGAGUUUCUUGUUCAUCUUAUUUUUGUAGCAGGAAUAACCUGAUUACUUGGUGUUUGAUGGGGAUUUCCAAUGUGAUUCAAAAUAUUCUGGAAUUCUUGAAAAUUGUGUCAUAAGUCAUAACGUGUGUUCCAUCUUAAU